AUUACAAUGCACAAAAAAGGAAAACAGUGUAGAAGCUUCCUCCUCGUCCGCAUGUGAAACAAACGUUGAAUUUGAACAAUCAAACCCACCACCUUUUCUAUUCUUUCGAUUUCUCCGCUGAACAAAUUUUGUUCUUCGUUUUCUGAAUCCACAGCAGGUAUGCGGUGCCAGCUUGUGUGUAAUGGGUGUAGGAACAUCUUGGUUUAUCCUAGAGGAGCCGGCAAUGUUUGCUGUGCUUGGUGUAAUGUGAUUACCCCUGUUCCUCCUGCUGGGAUGGAAAUGUCACAGCUUUAUUGUGGAGGCUGUAGGACAUUACUAAUGUAUGCAAAUGGAGCUACGAGCGUGAGAUGUUCCUGCUGCAACACAAUAACCCGUGUACCAGAAUCUAACCAAGUCAGUCAUAUCCAUUGUGGGAACUGCCGGACAGCACUCAUGUAUCCUCAUGGAGCUCUCUCAGUCAAAUGUGCAAUUUGUCACUAUAUUACUAAUGUCAGUAUGACCAAUGCAAGGUUUCCAAUUCUUGUGCAGAGAUCUAAUGGAACAACCGAGUCUGAAACGACCACCUCUGAAUCUGAGAUAGCAUCUUCUAUUUCAUCAUCAAGGCCCCACUUCGAGAGCCAAACUGUUGUAGUAGAAAAUCCCAUGUCUGUUGAUUCAAAUGGGAAAUUGGUGAGCAAUGUUGUUGUGGGCGUUGCAACAAACCAGAGAUGAUAAUCAUCAUGUUAUGAUGCUGUGUUAAAAGAAACAUUAUCCGGCUCGUUAUCAGUUUCCGUUGCUUGAAGAUAUUGUUUGUGUACUUGAUGUUGCAGCUGCAAUGGUUUUGAAUUGAGAAUAUUCUCCAUACAAGGUCUAGACUGAUUUCAUGUAUUUAUAUGUAAAAUAUUAGAGAAGUGAAAAGAGCACAAUGCUUGUAAUCUUUGCUGCAUUUGUAUUAUAGCCAUGUAGGUUCUUACUUCUUAGAUUAUAUCUUUAAUUGCAUGUUCUAGAUGUGCAAAUAAGAUGGUGAUGUUGAUAAUAGUUUCAGGCUUAAAUAUCUUUUUGAUCCCUA